GAUACUUUAAACAUUCCUUUUGUCGACUGUCAGAGAAGAGAGCAUAUGUACAGUCUCUUUGGUAAAACAAAACGCAGUGCCGCAGUGAACUCUGUUAUUUAUAAUGCUGAUGCUGUGUAAAUCAUAAAAGGAAAUGUCUUCGCACAUAAAGCGAGUUGUGGAGAGGUGCAUAUUGUGCUUGGAAAUACUGUUUUGGCUGUGUGGUGAAGUAUCUUCUAAAGUGUUUUAUAACGUUACUUGUGGCUCAGAAACAAUGCAAGUAACGCUCAACCUAACUCAUCAUCCUGCGUCCAUCGUUUACUUACAGAAUCUCAAAGGAUAUCCAGGUUGCGAGCCAAGACUUGCUGAAAGUCUAGUUCUUUUUUACCUAAGUUUAAAUGAUACUGGUGAACAUUGCGGUGUAUCGAAAAUGCUAAACAAACAAAAGGGUCACAACAUAUUCUAUCAUCAUGUCGUCAUCGAAAAAUCGAAUGAAAAGGAGAAGGAGCUCCUUUUCGUACAAUGUGUCAUUCCAGGGGAUUUUAACAUGGAAUUUGUUAGGCUCGAUUGGCAACGCGAGAGUGUCCCUUACAAUUUCACGAUACCAAACCCUUCAUCAAUCAUACAAUCUGAAGAUAUUGUUCCUUACGUCAAUAUGGCGGUGCGAAAUAAAGGCUUGAGGUUGGAUACAAGUGCAAUCGUUCAUCCUGGGUCCUUAUUAGACCUUCUCAUAUACCUGGAAAAAGAAUCCUCAGCUCAAUAUGAUAUUUCCCUGCGAUAUCUCACCCUUACAGAUGCCACAAGGAGUCAAGAUGAAGUAGUUGUGAUGAAUGGGUGUUCUGUAGAUCCAUUUGUUCUACAAGUGUUCCCUAGUGUGGAAGGGGUCCUUAGAGCCCAAUUUCGUGCCUUCAAAUUUCAGAGCUCAGAUUUUGUCAUCUUUCUUGCCACAGUUAGUGUGUGUCUGCAAAAGUGCGUUGAGGUUGAAUGUUACGGUGAUCCUGAUAAAUCUGGAAGACGGAAGAGAGAAAUACCAAAAUACCUGCCACAUUACACGAAUGAGGUGUUCGAAGUUGAAAUAUCUGCAUUUCUAAGGCUACAGUCUCAUGUUGAAGGAGAUAUAGUUAUUGAAGAAAGUACUAAUGAUACACUCGACAUGUACGACUAUAGUGGUGAUUUCGGUGAACUAAUUCCAGAAAGUUUUGCAGUUAGCUCUCAGCCACUAAAUUGUCAUUUACUGAAUUCACUGAUUAUCAUCAAGUUCAUAAUUCUAACGGUGCACAGAAAGUUCCACUCCUGAGACACGGCCAGGCAUUUUAGCUUACAAGACUCUAGCACCAGAGUUUGACUUGAACACAGUUCACGAAAUCUAGAAAGUGAUAUGUGAAAACUGUUACACAUGUGCAACAUGAAAAUGCUCCAGAGAAAAGCACAUAAUGCAGUAAAAUUACAAUCAGUUUGUAAUCAGUUUCAUGUGGCAUGUAUCUCACAAAAUAUAGUAAUUUCUACAUCUGAAAUAAAAGAACUAUUGUGGAGACUGAUAAUAUAUCUUGUGAUGUGAAAUCGACUACUUCACAUUAAUAUUUUUAUUAUGAACUUGACUUUGAAAGUGUAUUCAUAUUCGAAGGAAGGAAAGUAAAAACUUUUCUAUACAGAAAUAAGAACUUGUGAUUAGGAGUCAAAACUAGCGAACUCGGUUCAGACUGUCUGUAUAACAUUUACCAGAUUCA